GCCUCGCAUUCCGCUUUUCACAACAAAGGCGACGCGAGCGAAGGAACCAACAGCUGUUCGGGAGGAGAUUUUUCGCUCCUGGCACACCAUUUACACCAUUUAUACGCGUAGGAACUCCUCUCCUUGACAGAAUUUAUGGUUGUGUCAGGCAUGUCCAAUCAGUACAAGCGCCCAUCCAUCACCAGCACAGGAGGGAAGAGGCGCUCGGGCAGCACCAAGUUCGAGCUCACAGAAGAACAGAAAAACGAUAUCCAGGAGGCAUUCAAUCUGUUUGACCCCAAUGGCACUGGCACUAUUGACCCCAAGGAGCUCAAGGUCGCCAUGAGGGCCCUGGGCUUCGAACCCAAAAAGGAAGAAAUCAAAAAGAUGGUCGCAGAGAUCGACAAGGACGAGAGCGGCAAGAUAAAGUUCGAAGAGUUCCUGCACCUCAUGACAAUCAAGAUGGCUGAGAAGGAUGUCAAGGAAGAGAUCCUCAAGGCAUUCAAGCUCUUUGACGAUGACAACACCGGAAAGAUCUCCUUCGACAAUCUGAAGCGUGUUGCAGAGACCUUAGGAGAGAAUCUCACCGAUGAAGAGUUGCAAGAAAUGAUUGAAGAGGCAGAUCGCGACGGUGACAAUCAGAUCAACCAAGACGAGUUUUUCCGUAUAAUGAAGAAGACAAGCUUAUAUUAGCCUCAGCAGUGCCAUAAUAGUUUGUGGACUUUCUUCCAAUUUAUAGUUAGAGAAAACAUUGUGCUUCUAAGAGAUACUUUUUAUUUUUGCUGAACAGCUGUAGAACUGUGUCUUUUUAACUCUAUUAUUGUAAGUUGGAUGUGCCCCAUAAAAGCAGUUACUUUAGAAAGUGCAGAAAAUCUUUUGAAAGAAAAACUGCAAUAUUGAUGGUAAUUUUUAUGAAGAACUUUUGCUAUUGUGUUGUGAAAUAGAAGUGUUCAAUUUUUUUUUUUU